AUGUCGGUGACUGACUAUGCUGCGAAGUUCACUGAAUUGGCCAAAAUUUAUCCAUACUUUGAUGGGGAGGGUGUAGAAUUUUCAAAGUUCAUCAAGUUUGAGAAAGGGUUGCGCUCUGAAAUCAAUAAGGCUAUAGGGUAUCAGCAAAUCCGCAUUUUUCCUAACUUGGUAGACAGCUGCAGAAUUUUCGAGGAUGAUAAUGCUGCUCAUUAUAAGAUUGUCAGUGAUAGAAGAGGCAAGAAAAAUCAGCAACGUGGCAAGCCUUAUGACUCUCCAGCUGGAAAGGGCAAACAGAGGGCUGCUCCGGGCCAGAGAACAAGUGGGGGAGGUGUUCCUGCUCCGAUUGUGUGUUUUAAGUGUGGAAAGGCUGGUCACAAGAGUACUUACUGCACUGACGAAGUUAAGAAGUGUUUCUGUUGUGGCAAGACUGGUCAUAUGAUGUCUGAAUGUCGACAUAAAGAGAUAAACAUAUAG